UUUCCGUCUAAAAUGUCAUAUGCAAAUCACUCUCAGACCAACUUCACUAUUGGACAGCAAUAUCAGGAGUUACUGGGAUUAGUGUUGUUUUCCAUUCUAUCUGUAGUGCCAUGCUGCAUUUUUCUUUUCAUUAAUGGAACCAUGUUAUUCACCUUAAGGAGUAAAACUGUGUUUUGUGAGACCUCUCGUUACAUUCUUCUGUAUAACCUCCUUUUUGCAGACACUGUUCUGCUUGUACAGAGUCAGUUACUGUACAUAUUGGCUGCUUGUAGAAUAACAUUGACAUAUCCUGUCUGUGGUGUUCUCACCAUGCUUGCCAAUCUCACAUAUGUGAUCUCCCCUAUGUGUCUGGAGAGAUAUGUAGCUGUGUGCUACCCACUGAGGCAUGCUGCCAUCAUCACCAUCAGAAACACAGGGAUGGCUAUCAUCGUGAUUUGGGCAUUCAAUUCACUAAAUGUCCUCAUCCAAGUUCUUCUGUUAUUAAUUUUUUCAUUUGAAGACCUGCAGGGCCUGCAGAUGAAACACUUUUGUGGCAAAGAAAGCAUGUUGCUUAAUCCAAUGUCUGAUAUUUAUGACAAAGCAUAUACUGGUUUUGUGUUUGUAUCAGCUAGUGUGGCAGUCACUUGCUCUUAUAUUGGUGUGAUAGUAGCAGCCAGGUCAGCCUCCACAGACAAAGCUUCAGCUCGAAAGGCUCGUAAUACACUGCUGCUACAUCUAGUGCAGCUGGGCCUCAGUCUCUCCUCAACUAUACACGACCCAUUGCUCUUUUCUAUCUCCCAAACCUUAGAUAGGAUAAUAAUUGUGCGCAUCCAAAUUGUCCUUUAUGUUUGUAUUAUCAUAUUUCCAAGAUGUCUAAGUUCACUCAUUUACGGAAUCAGAGACCAGACCAUCAGACCCAUCCUCAGGGACAAUCUCUGUGCUCGAGAGCUCAUGCAGCAGAAGAGCAUUGCCCAUCGCUUGCUUUGGGCUUGUCCACCUUGCGUACGCCUGGAGACAACUGGCCAGGGUUCCGAACACAUCUACACCAACAUAGGUGAAGGGACUGAAGCAAUAAGCCCCUUCGGUGAAGUGGCAGCCUUGAUGCUUGACGUCUUCGUGGUCAUCUUCAAAAACAGGUCUGAGCUUCUGAAGAGAACUGUCUUUGGUCACAGCCUGUCCAAGCUCGAGAGCUGUGAGCUCUUGUGCAAAGACUUCUUCUUGAGCAGCUCUGAUGAUGACGUGUCUCACCUGAGACAGUUCAUCCAGAGUAUGUGGGAGGUUGCAGUGGUGCCAUCCUCUAGAUUCACUGGGCCCUUUGUUAUACCUGAGACUGAUGGCUUCUGCUUCGGUGGGCACACUGAUGAGCCCAUCAUCUACAUAGAAAUGGCGCUUGACAAACUGGACCGCGUCCUCUCCAUGUUUGUGUGCGCCUUCGUGGAUGGCUCUCCUUAG